AUGUAUGGAGAUAUUGACCAAUAUGAGUCAGAAGUACCUUCCAGCCCCGCAACCUCCUCUGAUAAUAUAAAGCUUCUCACUCAAUGCUGUGGGCACAAGGGAUUUGAUAAAAAGGUUUGGGAGGCAACUAAUAUUACGAAGGGCGAGAAUCCAUCCAUCACUUUCAAAUAUCACAGUUCUGAUGGGGAGGAAGGUUACCCGGGUGAUGUCUCUGUGACUGCAACUAACACGCUUACUUUAAGCACAAUAAUGAGAUUUGACAUGGAAGCUGUGCCAAACAAGCCAACUCCAAUCAGCUUAGCUCAGCAUAUAUACUGGAAUUUAGCUGGCCACAACUCUGGAAACGUUCUUGACCAUUCAAUUCAGAUUAGGGCAAACCAUGUUACUCCUGUGGAUCAGAACCCAAUCCCAACUGGUGAAAUCAUGCCAGUUAAGGAUACCCCUUUGAUUUCACUGCUGAGAAGAGGAUAG